AUGAGUCUCUCUCUUGGGGAAACAAGCGAUGCGAUUGCCUCUCUUGCACCAGGUUGCAGUGUGGAACAACUUGCGGAUCUUGCACUACAGUGUGAGUCCCAUCUUGCAAACGUUGAAGCAAUUAUGGACGCAGUAGAAAAUGCGGUUCGCACAUCUGAAGGACCACAACGCCUUGUGCUUUGGUUUUUUAUUGAUCGAUUGGCGAAACAACACGCAAUUUUCUUGGAUGCUCUUCGUCCACGAUUACGUGGUCUCGCUGCUGCUGCGGCCCCUGGAGUUGGAACAGCAGAGUGGGAUGAUUUUAAGAAUCUUCUUAAGUCUUCUAUUGCGGUGGUAUUUGGUGCCCCGCUAGUGUCUCUUAUUCUCCUGGAGAUUGAUCCAGAGGCGCAGACAGAAACUGCCCGCAACGCUUCUCAGGCUGAACGGAGUCAAAAGGCUCUUACACUACACAGUAACGCUCUUCGUACCGCUGGUGCAUUUACAACAAAAGCUAUCAUGACAGAACGACCUGCAUCAGCAAAGCAUACUCUUCAAGUUAAAACAAUCGAUAGUCAAAUGUCAAUGAAUGUAGCGAGUAGCUAUGUUCCUGCUCGACCGCAGGAGAUUAUUGUCACAGAUAUUCACCCUGAUGUUGACGCACCGCAUGGUUACAUGAAAGCAAUUCCUGCUGAUUAUUUAAAAAAUUAUGAGAAUACGCGUCGUAAGCGUCUACGUGAAGUAAUGGAGCGAAACCGUCAAGAGAUGGAUCGCCGACAAGAAGAUGAACUUCUUAAUCGGGUACGAGGAACAGCAACUCAACACGGUAAAAUACCAGAUUUUUCAGAUGUGGUAAUGCCACUGGAACUUCCACGUGAUGAAUAUGGCGUAAAACGAGGAUUUUUCCCACUUGGUGUACGGUUUAUUCGAGAAGCCAUUCGAAGUUGUGGUGGAGCAGUGGAACUUGAUGUUUUGGUGAAUCGUCUUUCAACAUUGGCAAGCAAAGAGGCGGUGGCAGAAUUUGGUGAUGUACGUGAGUUUCUUCUUAUACAUCGUCCUACUUUCCGCAUUACAAACGAAAAGGAUCGCUGGAUUGUGCGUCUUGCUACAGAUGAUAGCUCUGAUCCCACAUGGGAAUCCAUGCAAUGUCCACUUUGUUCUAAAGUAUUGCGUGGGCGAAAUCUUGCACGUCAUGUGGGAUGUAGACAGUGUGUCACGACUCAAAUUGCUAUUGGACUCCAUGGUGAAGUGCGGGGUCCAAUUUCUGAACUUGCCUUUGUCGCAAAAUCUAUUAUUGACAGAGCUAAGACGUUUAAUGAUUGGGAUUUGGAAUGGUUUGCCGAUUGUAUUCAACGUGCCGCUGAAUGUAAACGUUUUAAAUUGUCUUCACAAGCAAAGUUUGCCCCUAUAUUGAAGGCGAUGCGUAUUGUUCGCAACCGCUGGUUGGCACGUAAAGGUGUCUCUGAAGUUAGCGAUGCUGUUGUGGAUGCUAGUGAUGCUGCCGUGGCGCUACUUUUUCGAACGAUUGGACGUAAUGUGAAUCGUCUGCCAAUUCCAUGGAUUGACAUGGGAGAUGUGGUGGACAUGUGUCGCCGCUUCUCUGAUACGGUGCUGCCGCCUUUUAAUCCACCGCCCCGCCCUGCGGACCCGCGCAUUAGUUUAUAUAACGAAUAUCCGGGGUUUCUGCUGUGUGAGAGUGAAGUAGAUGAUGAGGAUGAUGCAAGUGGGGACGAGGAUGCGUUUUCCGACGAUGAGGCCCCCACGUUUGUUUUUGCACCACCGGUUGAAUUGGCCGAGACUCUUUUCACAGCCGGUUUUGAGCGAGAUACAAAACGGCUGCAACACCGAAUGCGAACUGCCCCUCCGUUGGUGCUUCAGAGGGUUCUAAAGGGUGAUCGUACACAGACACAGCGCGAAAUGUACGCUGAUGCAAAAAACACAGGUGUACCCGUUUUACCAUCCUAA